UACCUCAGGAAACAAGCUUUGAGCCAAAAGCAAAGAAGGAUUCUCACACCAUUGAAUCUGCAUUCUAACUAGUGUUUCUUGGUGUAUGGGUCAUGGGCUGAACCACUGAUUGAUCACCCGAGGCAAGGACUGGGUCAGCUGUGGGAGCACAGGUGAAGACAAUUCAUCUGUGUGACCGGAAGGGGUGGAGCCUGGAUCUACCUCUCUUAGACCCCCCCUAUUUAUGGGCUGGCUACCACAGAAGAAAGAUCUCUUUUUGGAGAUUCCUUCUUUGUGGAGUCCUUUAUUAUGAGCCUGAAUCUUCAAAUAGAGGUGAGUAUUCCUUCUCUGUUUGUUUCUUUCUAUUUCACCGUGAUGAUUUUUCCAACUGUGAUGCUUGGUGUUGUUACAGCUGAAUUUAACAACCUGUAAGUAGUUUAUACCUACAAAAUAUCUCAAGAUAAACGAGGGGGAAGUGAGCUGUUGAAGUUGUGGGAGCAGGGGUUGGACUCAAUGAUCUUUUGAGGUCCCUUUCAACCCUUGUAAUUCUGUGAUCUAUGUUGGCAAGUGGGUUUCAACAAACCAUUUGCUGUGGGAUAUAUUGUAGCUUCUCACUUAUUUGAUUUAACUUAAGGAACUCAAAGGCACUGCUGCAGUUUAAUCGCAGUGGUUCUUUAAUGGCCUAUGCUGGUUGAUACUGGAUAUAACAUGCUAAACUAUAUAGAAUGAAUGCUUUUCUGUCUUUCAGUGCUGAUACAAAGGCAGGAGGGAAGACAAUAUGCUCCCUAACUGGGUGCUUUCCAACAGUAACACUAAUUUGGUUAAAUACCUUUUCAUAUUGAAUACUGAGUUUUGCAUGAUGAGUACUGAACAAUAAAAGCAUAUUAAAGACAGUUCUGUUAACAAUACAGACUAUACCUGUGCACAGUUAUGAAAGAAAAUGGAAAAUUAUCUGUGCUUUCUGUAACUGAUUUUUUUUUUUUUUUUAGACCUCUACAAGAGAUUCAUUUUGCACAACUUUGCAAUUCUUGAAAUGUGUGGAAAAAGACUUGCUUGCAAUCAAAUACAUGACCAUGGGGGAUAUGAAGACCCCAGAUUUUGAUGAUCUUCUUGCAGCCUUUGACAUACCAGAUGUGGUUGACCCAAAAGCAGCUAUUGAACCUGGACAUGAUGACCAUGAAAGCCACAUAAAACAAAAUGUGCAAACAGAUGAAGAUUCUCAUACACUAUCAUCAUCCGAUGUUGGUGUGAGUGUCAUUGUGAAAAAUGUACGUACUAUUGAUUCUUCAGAAAGUGUAGACAAGGAUGGCCACCAUUCCACAGGCAAUGGCUUGCAUAAUGGCUUUCUAAUAUCCUCAACUCUUGAUAGUUACAGUAAAGAUGAAAGCAAGUCAUUUAAAGAUGAUGGGUCAGCUUCUGAGACUGCACUAAAGGAUUCGGCUUUCAACCAGUUUAGUCCAAUUUCAAGUGCUGAAGAAUUUGAUGAUGAUGAAAAAAUUGAGGUAGAUGAUCCUCCAGAUAAAGAAGAGAUGCGUGCAAAUUCCAGGGCAAAUAUCUUGAUGGAUUCUGUAUAUCAGCAGGAAUAUGACAAACUAAAGACACUUGGGGGAGAGAAUUUGAUUAAAUCUGGUAUCUCAGUUUCAAGUAGUAUAGAUAAAAGUAAAGUUGCUAAACGAGAGACAAACUCUAUGACUUUACAUGUCUAUGAGCCUUUCAAAGCUCACAAGGCAGAGAACAAAUUGCUAAAAGACAAUUCUGAGAAGCUUCUUGAAAACAGAGUACUUGAUGGAAAACUGUGUACUGAAAAAAGUGAAACAAAUCUUGCCAGCGUUUCACAGUCCAAAACAGAGUCAUCAGCAAAGCUUUCUUCAUGCAUUGCUGCGAUUGCAGCACUGAGUGUUAAAAAGGCAGCUACAGAUACCAGCAAAGAUUUACAGUCUAUGUUAGGAGACUCUUCUCCAUUACCAAAACAUAUGAGUGAAAGUCCCCUAGCUAUUGAAAAAUCACCACCUGAAUCUCAGAGUCUUAUUGAUGGUGCUAAAAAGCCAUCUAUUAAACCACCUGAUAGUCCCAGAAGUGUAUCAAGUGAAAACAGUAGCAAGGGAUCUCCAUCUUCUCCUGCAGGGUCCACGCCAGCAAUUCCUAAAGUUCGCAUAAAAACCAUCAAGACUUCCUCUGGGCAGAUCAAGAGAACUGUUACUAGAGUGUUGCCGGAAGUUGAUUUGGACUAUGGUAAAAAAACAGAACAGACUGCUUCUAUGGUAACUUCUGUGACAUCCCUCCUGUCCUCACCAACUUCUACUGCUGUCCUUUCUUCUCCUCCUAGAGCUCCUCUCCAGUCUGCAGUCAUUACCAAUGCAGUUGCAUCUGCAGAACUCGCACCAAAGCAGGUCACUAUCAAACCUGUGGCUACUGCCUUUCUCCCAGUUUCAGCAGUUAAAACAGCAGGUUCACAAGUUAUUAAUUUGAAGCUUGCUAACAAUACUACAGUGAAAGCCACUGUACUAUCUGCUGCUUCUGUGCAGAGUGCCAGUAGCGCCAUUAUAAAAGCUGCCAGUGCGAUACAGCAGCAGACUGUUGUGGUGCCAGCAUCAAGUCUUGCCAGUGCUAAACUUGUGCCAAAGACAGUCCAUCUUGCCAAUCUUAAUCUUCUGCCUCAAGGUGCUCAAACCACAUCUGAACUCCGACAAGUGCUAACGAAACCCCAGCAACAAAUAAAGCAGGCAAUAAUUUCUGUAGCGGCCCCACAGCCUUCUAAAAAGGUGUCUCGAGUCCAGGUGGUGUCAUCUCUACAGAGUUCUGUAGUGGAAGCAUUUAAUAAAGUGCUGAGUAGUGUCAACCCUGUCCCGGUUUAUAUCCCCAACCUUAGUCCCCCUGCCAAUGCUGGAAUAACGUUACCAACACGAGGUUACAAGUGUUUGGAGUGCGGUGACUCCUUUGCUCUUGAAAAGAGCCUGACCCAGCAUUAUGAUAGGAGGAGCGUGCGAAUUGAAGUGACUUGUAAUCAUUGUACGAAGAACUUAGUUUUCUACAACAAAUGUAGUCUUCUUUCCCAUGCUCGUGGACACAAGGAAAAAGGAGUUGUAAUGCAGUGUUCGCACCUGAUUUUAAAACCAGUCCCAGCAGAUCAAAUGAUAGCAUCUCCUUCAAGCAAUACUGCUACAUCUAUGCUUCAAAGCCCAGUGGGAGUUGGUGUGCACACUGUAACUAAGAUACAGUCUGGCAUAACAGGAAUAGUCAUAUCAGCCCCAGCAAGUACACCCAUCGUUCCAGCUAUGCCACUAGAUGAAGAUCCAUCAAAACUCUGUAGACAUGGCCUAAAGUGUUUGGAGUGCAAUGAAGUUUUCCAAGAUGACACAUCUCUUGCUACGCAUUUCCAGCAGGCUACAGACACAAGUGGACAAAAGACGUGCAAUAUCUGCCAGAUGCUGCUUCCUAACCAGUGCAGUUUUGCAUCACACCAGAGAAUUCAUCAGCAUAAAUCUCCAUACACGUGUCCUGAAUGUGGAGCAAUCUGCAGAUCUGUCCACUUCCAGACUCAUGUCACUAAGAACUGCCUGCAUUAUACUCGAAGAGUUGGUUUUCGCUGUGUGCAUUGCAAUGUUGUGUACUCUGAUGUGGCGGCACUCAAGUCUCACAUUCAAGGUUCUCAUUGUGAAGUCUUUUACAAAUGUCCUAUCUGUCCCAUGGCAUUUAAGUCUGCUCCAAGCACACAUUCCCAUGCCUAUACACAACACCCGGGUAUCAAGAUAGGCGAACCAAAAAUAAUAUAUAAAUGCUCUAUGUGUGAUACUGUGUUUACUCUACAACCUCUGCUCUAUCGCCACUUUGAUCAGCACAUUGAAAACCAGAAGGUGUCUGUUUUCAAGUGUCCAGACUGUUCUCUUUUGUAUGCACAGAAGCAGCUUAUGAUGGAUCAUAUCAAGUCUAUGCAUGGAACUUUGAAAAGUGUUGAAGGGCCACCAAACCUGGGAAUAAAUUUGCCUCUGAGUAUGAAAUCCACAAAUCAGAACUCAGCCAUUCACAACAGAGAGGACACGAGAUCUGUCAACGGAACAGAAAAGUUAGAGAAGAAAUCUCCUAUAAAGAAAGGAGAACCUAAAAAAGUUGCAAAUCGUGGCUGGACGUGUUGGGAUUGUGAUAGGCUGUUCACUCAGAGAGAUGUUUACAUCUCCCACGUGAGGAAAGAACAUGGAAAGCAAACGAAGAAACACCCUUGUCGACAAUGUGACAAAUCUUUCAGUUCAUCCCAUAGUUUAUGUCGUCACAAUCGUAUCAAGCACAAAGGCAUUCGGAAGGUUUAUACAUGCUUGCACUGCCCAGAUUCAAGACGUUCUUUUACCAAGCGAUUGAUGUUGGAAAAACAUAUUCAAUUAAUGCAUGGCAUUAAAGACCCUGAUGUAAAAGAAAUGACUGAAUUGACUAGUAUGGAAGAAAGGGAAGUAAAAGAAGAUGCAAAGGUUCCUAGUCCAAAGCGUAAACUGGAAGAACCUGUACUGGAAUUCAGACCUCCACGAGGUACAAUCACACAACCACUGAAGAAGCUAAAAAUAAAUGUUUUUAAGGUUCAUAAGUGUGCUGUCUGUGGCUUUACAACAGAAAAUCUUCUCCAGUUUCACGAACAUAUUCCUCAGCAUAAAUCUGAUGGCUCUUCGUACCAGUGCAGGGAGUGUGGACUCUGCUACACAUCUCACGUGUCUCUCUCCAGGCAUCUCUUCAUUGUACACAAGCUGAAGGAGCCACAGCCAGUAUCAAAGCAGAAUGGAUCCAGGGAGGAUAAUCAGCAAGAGAAUAAACCCAACCAUGAGGAUGAAUUGUCUGACAACACGGUGUUGGACAGAAGAUGCAAAGUGUGUGCAAAGACUUUUGAAACUGAAGCGGCCUUAAAUACUCACAUGAGAACACAUGGCAUGGCCUUCAUUAAGUCAAAAAGAAUGAGCUCAGCUGAAAAGUAAUCAGAUCAUUGGGAUAUAGAAAUCUCUCUCCACAUUGGAAUAAUAAUGACAUUUUUGUUAAAGAAAGUUCAAGGUAUAAUAGUGUUAACAGUACUGUUCAGGCUGUUGCAAUAAAUUCUGCAUAAUAAUGUCCCCCUUCGCCUCAUUGUUUAUACCCUCAAAACCACCGAAGCAGUAUUUGAGUUGAAAAGAUUUUGUAUAUAUUUAAGCAAAUAACUUUUAUACUCUUUGUUAUGUGCUUGUAUUGGUAUCUAGUGGAAAAAAAUGUUUUUUGUUUUGUUUCUGUUUUUUGUAGUAUGUUUUUCUAAAACAGAGUUCUUAAUGCUGGGACAGUUUCUUGGGUUCUCUUAAACUGUUUCUUAUAUGAAUGUUUCUGAAAGAAAGUUUAGCAGAAGGCAGUGCUUGGAGGGGAAAAAGGAAGAAAGCAAGCCAAGGGGAAAUGUUAAAUUUCACAGGACUCAUGCUUCUAAAUGUGUUAGGAAGCUUUUAAACUUUCUCUCUAAAAAAAAAUAUACCACUGCACAUGUAAAGUGCAGUGUUGAUUUAGGUGUCAACACCAAAACAGGUGCA